CUUCAGAGGAUCCUUUUGAGUUUUCUGAUGCAAAAUUUGUUAGCAAUUUCAGGCUGUCCAAAGACUUAGUUAGGAUGCUCUGCCAAGAAUUAAAACAUGAUUUGCAGCCACAUGGAAGCCAAAAGACUUGCAUCAGCACAGAAAAAAAGGUUCUAUGUGCUCUGAGAUUCUUUGCUACAGGCUCGUAUCAAAGCUCUGUAGCAAAUGAAUACUCAUUGCAAAUUCACAGGACUUCUGUUAGUAGAUCAAUUUCCCGAGUCUGCCGUGCUAUCGAAAGGAGAUUGCUGCGGGAAUGGAUAAGUUUCCCAACAGAUACAAGAAGUCUACAAAAGAGGAAGACUGAAUUUUAUCAGUUUGCACAAUUACCAGGGGUCAUAGGUGCGAUAGAUUGCACCCACGUCGAAAUUGUCAAGCCACCUAUUGAAGAUGACCUCUACCCAGAACACGUUUUUGUAAAUCGACAUGGAAAUCACUCUGUAAAUGUUCAGAUGGUCUGUGAUGCAAAGCUCAGGAUUCUGAACGUCAAUGCCAAAUUUCCGGGUGCUUCCCACGACUCCUUUAUUUGGAGAAAUUGUUCCUUAAAGAGAAAGUUAAGGGACGUGGUGGAAACUGAUACCAAUGCUUGGCUAAUAGGUGACAGUGGAUAUCCGUGCGAACGAUGGCUCAUGCCUCCCGUUAAAAAGCGAAGGCUAGAUCCGCAAGAGGAGCGCUACAAUAAAAAGCACGCAAAAACAAGGAACCCCAUUGAGAGGUGCUUUGGUGUGCUGAAAUCAAGAUUCAGGUGUCUCAUUCAGGACAGAAAACUGCAUCACCAUCCAGUUGUGGCGGCAAGGAUAGUAAAUGCAUGUGCCGUGUUGCACAACAUGUGCAUACUUCACGAUAUUGAAGAUCCGGACGAUAUUAGCAGCGAAAUCACUGAAAGAGAAAUUCAGGAUAGUAUUGGUGAUGAUGAUGCUGAUGAUGAUGAUUAUUAUUAUUAUUUAUCUACACCACCAGAUGCAAAUGGCUAUGCAACACAGCAGCGGCUGAUCAGCAUGCUUGGGAAUAUUUAAAUUAUAACUAGUUUUAAAAUAUUUGUUUUCCUUUUUUGCAGUUUAGUAAAAUAAAUAAGCUUAAUAAUUAUAAUGUUCAUUGUGAUUUUGAAGUAUUCUGAUUUAUUUUUUGUACAUUAAUCUAUUUUUUUGUGUAU